CGCUGUCGGUCGUCGGCUGCAGAAUUAUUCAAACUUUCAUUGGAUCAGCGUAUUCAUUAACACUAUGCGCGUGCUACAAAUUAUAAUUGGACUUUCGUCGCACUUUGACUAGGGGGGAAGUUGAUUUUAUGUUUGUCUUUACACUUUUCCUUUAUGUUGUUUUGGUUACCAACGACAUGUUUCUUUGGAGUUUUUGGCGAAGUCUUCCGCAUUUGUGUUCUCUUUUAUAAAAGUUAAUUAUUGGUCGUGAGCAGUGAGGAAAAAAUGUAUCGAAACACCGAUUGUCUCCUAGGAGGCGCUUUCUGUCGUUGACUGUUCUAAAUACAGAAAUCAGGGAAUCUGGUCUUUUAUUGACUCAGCAGUCUAUUUUCAUCAACGGACCCCACAAGACUUUCUAAAGCUGUGUGUUACAAAUAACAUAAUAAACUUAACCCCGAAAGAACUGUCGAUGGAUAACAGCGAAGAGAAUAAAAGAAGAAAUUUCACUGCGCUUUGAUCAGUAGCUUUUGAUUGGCCGACAUGGCCACUAGACUUCUUAUGUUUUAUUGGGAUAUUUUUUCACCCAUUCUUUGGAUUUUUAUGGUCUUCUUAGACUUGGCAUUCUGUUUCCCUUCAAAUAAUGCAGGACAACAACCAAUUCUUACAGAUCAUACAAUGUGCCGCCAACCUCUUGGAAUGACAUACGACCUUAAUGCUACAAUGGUCAAUUUCACGCUAACUUCGACAGAGGGAAAUGCAUCUGAUGCACGACUUUAUGGUCCGGAGACUUGGGCUGCCGCACAGAUAGGUGACCACACUUAUGUUCAAAUAAAUAUGGCGCAACCAGUUAUGGUUACAGGAAUGUUCAUUCAAGGUGACCCUGAGACUGACCAGUGGGUGACGUCACUCCACGUGACGUACAGCGUUGAUUGUAUAACCUUUUAUCCAGUGUUUGACAUUGGUAUUAAUCAAAAUUUUGCCGGAAAUCUGGAUCCUUACUCGGUGGCUGUGAUAGAGUUCCCUAAUAUUUUUGUCGCCAGAUGCAUGCGAGUAAUCCCGACCGAACGCCAUCGAAAUGCUUCCGCGCUUAGGAUGGAGGUCAUCGGUUGCCAGGCCAGUACCUGUAUUGGGACACAUCCCGUGGAUUGGAACGUAGACGCCGUCAAAGACAAUAUGGAGGUUACAUUUCCGUCUGAGAAAAUCAUAACAGCGCUUACAAUUCAGCCCAAUUUUCCGACCGACAGCAAGUUUGCUGUGUCCUACAGUAGAUCCUGUGCAGAUUAUCAUCACAUUCGGGAAGAUGGUGUUACUAAGGAGUUUACGUCUGUCAGUAAUGAUGCCAUUUUCAUUGACCUGUCUCAAAAGCCCCUCCGUGCCUCAUGUUUACGUAUCACAGCUCUGAACGCAGAUAUCCGUGACGUCACUGACGUUGAAGUUCAAGUCAAUGGGUGCGGAUUUUAUGAAUACGAGGCUCCUUUUGAAAGUUGUGGGAGAAAUCGUUAUCAGAGUGUUCGAAGAGAAAAGAGAGUAAUUGGAGGCUACCAUGCGUCCCCUGGGGAGUGGCCUUGGCUAGUGUCCCUCCACUUCAUGCCGUAUCACGCAUUUACAAACCUUUCUCGCCUCCCGCAUCUCUGUGGGGCUACACUUAUACACCCGCAGUGGGUGCUAUCAGCUGCACAUUGUUUCAGUGAGGAGGUGGGUGAAGGGCUGUCUUUGGCAAGAAACUGGAAGGCCGUGGUUGGGGAACACAACCAGAUGGGAAUAGAUGGUACAGAGCAGAUUUUGAAUGUAGUCAGCAUACACAAACACCGUCAAUUCUUCAUCCAAGCGGAUUACCCGAUUCUUCAGGACAUCGCCCUGCUUAAGCUGGAGAGACCCGCAGUAUUGUCCGAUUAUGUCAACGUUAUAUGUCUGGACGCAGACAAUUCUUUUCCUCCCGGAACUCCGUGUGUGGCUGCAGGAUGGGGGCAAAACAAGCUAGAUCCAGCAAUUAAAGUUGGCACAGGCGUCAAGCUUCCUCUUCAUGCCGAAAUUCCCAUAAUUCAGCCCCAGGAUUGUGAUGACCGCUACAGACGUCUGCCUGCUGAUCACUUUGCCAAGGCCGCCGUGUCCAUACAAGAUUCUGUGCUCUGUGCUGCUACGGAACAGGGCGGAAAGGAUUCAUGUUGGGGAGAUUCGGGUGGUCCUCUUGUGUGUCGCCGAGGUGACCACUGGACACAAGUAGGAAUCGUGUCUAUUGGCUUAAAUUGCGGUGACGUCAACUUCCCGGGAGUAUACAGCAAAGUUUCAUACUACAUCGAUUGGAUAUCCAAAACUAUUCGGGAGUUCUCGGACAACAACAUUCUACCGACUUGGCUGGUCGACCAUCGUAACCACAUGCCUUGAACAAUAUACUGACGAACUAAAGAAAAGAUACAAAAAACUUUGCGAACAUUUUAUGAAUGACACACCUGUUUGAUAUCGAGUUUUAUAUUUAAAAAAAGAUAGUACUCAAUUCUAUUUUUACGAUUAAAUCACGUUUCUGUGACCUCUGCGAAGUUUAUUGUUUCCCUUCUUCAUUCAUGAAAAGAAAGAAGUGAUUGAAUGAGACAUAAACAAAAAUAAGGAGUGUUCGAUUAAGCAGCAAACAUUGACUGUAUACAUGGAAGACACAAAAGGAUCGUGAAUUCCUGGUUUGCUCUGGCUGUGCUGGUCCACAAGAUCCCUCCUGUAUAUUAUUUCCUCUACUGAUAUUUUAUGUCACUUGCUUAAAUUAUGUACACAUUAUAUGGCGGACUAUUUGCGUGUUCUACCUCUGUUUUUAAGAUGGUGUUUAUUCCUUCGAUCUUCCCCUUCCUUGUCUCAUUAAUAAAAUGUGAGUCACAGCGUGCUACGUUCAAGCACUUGAUUGAGGCUUGAACAUUUCAUUGUGAUUUAAUUUUUUUUUACCUCUUUAAUGUGCCUCUAGUCUUUUUUCAUGUGACUUACGUAUAAAAUAUAUAUGUAAAUAUAUUGAAUUAAAUUAUUUUGACUCUCAUUAAAA